AUGGCCACACAAGAUAUCAUGAAUAUUCUUGUGGGAACAGUCACAGGAUCACAAGCUGAUUUAGAAAAUGCACGAAAUUUUCUUGCUAAAGCAGCUGAACAAAAUCUGCCUGAACUAUUAAAACAAUUUUCGGAUAUAUUAAUAACUGCUACAAAUAAUCCAUUAGCACGUACACAAGCAGCAUUGCAACUUAAAAAUGCUCUUUAUUCAAAAGAAGAAAAUUUAAAACAAGUCUAUCAAGAACGUUGGCUUAGUAUACCAGAAGAUACUCGAGCACAUAUUAAAAAUAAUUGUUUUAAUACACUCGGUACUGAAACUGCUAAACCAUCACAAGCAGCUCAAUGUGUUGGAUAUAUUGCUUGUGCUGAAUUACCUCGUGGUCAAUGGCAAGAUUUAAUAAAACGCCUGGUUGACAAUGUUACGACAGUGGGCAGAGCUGAUAAUGUACGGGAAGCGAGUUUGGAAGCACUCGGUUACAUAUGUCAAGAUAUUGAUUCAAAUGUUCUUGUACCUCAAAGUAAUGUUAUAUUAACUGCACUUGUCUAUGGUAUGCGUAAAGAAGAAACAAAUGAUAAUGUUCGACUUGCUGCAACAACAGCUAUGCUUAAUUCAUUAGAAUUUACAAAAAAUAAUUUUCAAAAUGAUAGUGAAAGACAUUAUAUAAUGCAAGUUGUUUGUGAAGCGACUCAAGUAGCAAAUAUAAAAAUUCAAGUAGCUGCUAUACAAAAUCUUGUUAAAAUUGUUACUCUAUAUUAUGAUUAUAUGGAAUAUUAUAUGGGUCCCGCAUUAUUUGCUAUUACAAUGGAUGCAAUGAAAUCUAAUCAUGAUGAAAUAGCUUUACAAGGUAUUGAAUUUUGGUCGAAUGUAUGUGAUGAAGAAUAUGAAUUACAAAUACUUCAACAAGAAGCACAAGAACAAAAUCGACAACCUGAACGAACAAGUCGUUAUUAUGCACGUGGUGCUUUACAAUAUUUAGUACCAGUAUUACUUCAAAGAUUAACUAUGCAAGAAGAAAGUGAUGAUGAAGAUGAUUGGAAUCCAUUUAAAGCUGCUGGUGUUUGUCUUAUGUUAUUAGCAAAUUGUGCUGAAGAUGCUAUUAUUCCACAUGUGUUACCAUUUAUUACUGCAAAUAUAAAUCAUGCUGAUUGGAAAUAUAGAGAAGCAGCUGUUAUGGCAUUUGGUUCAAUGUUAGAAGGACCUGAUGCUGCUAGUAUAAAACCAAUUGUUGAACAAGCUAUACCAUUUUUACUCCAAUUAUUACGUGAUUCAAAUAUUGCUGUACGUGAUACAACAGCAUGGACAAUUGGAAGAAUAUUUAAAUUUGUUACACAAGCCGUUUUGACAGAUGGAUUAAUUGGAGAAAUUGGAAAAACACUUGUAAAUGGUUUAAAUGAUGUACCACGUGUAGCAACAAAUAUUUGUUGGUCAUUUUCAAGUUUAGCAAGUGCAGCUUAUGAACAUGCAGAAAGCUUAGAUGAUGAAGAUGAUACACCGAAAACUUAUUUACUAUCACCAUUUUUUGAUGAUAUUGUUAAAAAAUUGAUUGAAACAACGGAUAGACCCGAUGGUAAUCAAUCAAAUCUACGUAAUGCAGCUUAUGAAGCAUUAAUGGAAAUGAUUCGUUAUAGUCCAAAAGAUUGUUAUGUUACUGUUCAAAAAACAACAUUAACUAUAGUUGAUCGUCUUAAUCGUGUUAUAUCAAUUGAAAGUCAUGCAACGAAUUCAAAUGAUCGAGUACAAAUUAGUGAUCUUCAAUCAUUACUUUGUGCAACACUUCAAAGUGUUCUUCGAAAAAUGCAUGGAAAUGAUGCACCACUUAUAUCUGAUCCAAUUAUGGAAGCUUUAUUAUCAAUGCUUAAAUCUAAUACUGGCAAAAGUAGUGCUGUACAAGAAGAUGCACUUAUUGCUAUUGGAACACUUGUUGAAGUUUUGGGAUUAAACUUUAUGAAAUAUAUGGAUUAUGUUCUUCCAUUUGUAUACGAAGCAUUAAAUAACCAUACGGAAUAUCAAAUAUGUGCAGCUGCUGUUGGUAUUAUUACUGAAUUAAGUCGUUCAUUACUUGAUAAAUUAAUUCCAUAUUGUGAUCAAAUAAUGACACAUUUAUUUACUUGUCUUAGUGAUGAUAAAUUACAUCGUUCAGUAAAAACUCAAAUUUUAAGUACAUUUGGUGAUAUAGCUUCAGCUAUAGGUGGACAUUUCAAAAAUUAUCUUGAACAUGUACUAAACACACUUAAUCAAGCUUGUCGUGCUCAAGUAGCUAACAAUGAUUAUGAUAUGAUUGAUUAUUUAAAUGAAUUACGUGAAGGUUGUUUAUCAGCUUAUACAGGUAUUAUUCAAGGACUUCGUGGUUCUACGACAACCGCAAAUUCAGUUGUACUUGCUGAAUUACAAUUAGUUACAGCACAAUUACCAUUUAUAAUGCAAUUUCUUGAAACAAUAGCACGUGAUACAAAUAAAUCUGAUUCAUUAAUAAGUGCUGCUAUUGGUUUAAUUGGUGAUCUUGUAACAACAUAUGGGCAAGUUAUGUUACAAUUUGUUGAACGUGAAGCAUUUGAAAAACUAUUAACUGAAGGCAAACGAUCAAAAGUAGUGAAAAAUAAAACAUUAGCAACAUGGGCAAUUAAAGAAAUUCGAAAAUUAAGAAAUAAUUAA